UUAACGGUUGGCCAGAAGAGGGCAUUCAGAUUCUGUCUGACAAAGUUACCGGAGCCGCAUCUGCAUUUCUGCCCGUUCACCGCGCGCGGGAGAAGAGGACAAACAGUCGCGCGGAGGAGGAAAUCCUUUUCCUUUAACACCCCAAAGUCGUUGUUUUGUUUCCGAGUGGAUCGUGAUCCCCUGUCAAAAAUGUCCGUGAGAAAAUCUGGGGGGGAUUUCCUUUAAAAAAAAAUUACUAACUGUAAAAUCGGCGGUGUCGCUCGUGCUGCCGGUGGAGCCGUUGCUUUGCGUCGCUUGCGCAAUGUGCCACGACGCUCGCACGCGGAUUGAUGCCGGAACGUCUUGGAAUUUAGCGUAAAGUUUUUGUUGGUGAGAGAAAAACAAUAAGACUGAUAACUUGGAUGUGGAGUCUUUUGCGUCUUCGGAUAAAUGGAGUGUGUUUUUUCUUUUCUUUUUUUUUUUUUUUUUUUUGUGUGUGCCUUCGCGCGGACCUUGACGGAGACUCGGUAUAUUUAAUGUGACGUUUUGUCGGAGCCGUUCUACGACAUGCUGCAUGGUCACGACGGGGGAACCGACACACGCGGAUACCGGAUAUCUUCGACGCGCUCGUGCUGCGGCGGAGCUCUGAUUGCGUCGCGGAACCGGCGGUGGCUGCUGCGCGCGACGGCUCCGGUUUGCGGGCUCGGGAAGACGCGUGCCAUGCGGAUGAUUCGGGACGCAAGACGCAUAUGAAAAACCCCUACCGACUGUCGACACCGAUGAGCUCUGCCAUGCGACGGCGAUGGUUUGUGGUGCUGCUGGUGCAGGCAUGGCUCUCUGCAAGUUUUUCUAAUGGUGAGCGGCCAUGCCCACGGAGCUGCCGCUGUGAUGGCAAGAUUGUUUAUUGCGAGUCCAGUGCAUUCCGCGACGUGCCAAAAAACCUGUCUGGUGGCUGUCAGGGCUUGUCUCUGCGCUACAACAGCUUGGCAAGCUUGCGUGCUGGCCAGUUUGUUGGCCUCAACCAGCUCAUUUGGCUCUAUCUUGACCACAACUACAUUGCAACCGUGGACGCUCGUGCCUUUCAAGGAAUAAGGAGGCUCAAAGAGCUAAUCCUGAGCUCCAACAAAAUCACGCUCUUGCAUAAUACCACAUUCCACCUGGUACCAAAUCUGAGGAACCUUGACCUGUCCUACAACAAACUGCAGGCUCUGCAGCCAGGUCAGUUCCAAGGACUGCGCAAACUCAUCAGUUUGCACAUGCGCUCCAACUCCUUGAAGAAUCUACCAUCUCGCCUCUUUCAGGAUUGCCGCAAUCUUGAAUUCCUCGACCUUGGCUAUAAUCGUCUGCGCAGCAUCACACGUAAUGCAAUGUCAGGUCUUGUGAAGCUGACGGAACUCCAUCUCGAGCAUAAUCAGUUCUCCAAAAUCAACUUUUCCAACUUCCCCCGGCUUUACAACCUCCGCGCUCUUUACCUGCAGUGGAAUCGCAUCCGGACCAUGAGCGAGGGACUUACAUGGACCUGGAGUUCUCUACAGAAGUUGGACCUUUCAGGGAAUGACCUACAGGAGCUGGAGCCAGAGGUCUACAAAUGCAUGCCGAACUUGCAGACACUUAAUGUGGAUUCCAACAAGCUGGUUAACGUCUCUCAGGAAGUUGUUUCGGCUUGGAUAUCCCUGACCAUGAUCAGCCUAGCUGGAAACAUGUGGGACUGUGGACCUGCAGUCUGCCCCCUGGUAGCUUGGCUGAAAAACUUUCAAGGGAACAAGGAGACCCCCAUGAUUUGUGCCUCACCCAAAGAGGCUCAAGGCGAGAAAGUCUUGGAUGCUGUGGAGGCAAGUGGUGUGUGCAAGGUCAGUCAUGUUACUCCCUCAUUUGCUAGUUCUACAACUACCCUUUCUGGUGCCCCUGCUCUGAAUGCAGCCCUUCCCUUUGCGCCCACACUUCAUUCCGGAGGUAGCAGAAGGGGCCAGGGCACAUCCUUGCAACAUCCCACCCCUUCAAGACCACCACAAUCUGAUGUCUCUCAACCCGAGCAAGAUUUUGAGCCAGUGUCCUUCCACAAGAUAGUGGCAGGGAGCGUUGCACUAUUUUUAUCCGUUGCAAUGAUUCUCCUUGUGAUUUAUGUGUCAUGGAAGCGCUAUCCGAGCAGUGUCAAGCAGCUGCAGGAAAACACUUCAGCUGCCCGCAAACGUCGGAAAAAGUCUAGGGAGACUGAACGUACGCUCAGCACCCCCUUGCAGGAGUAUUAUGUGGACUACAAACCUUCAAGCUCCGAGGCCACGGAUGUUCUGGUCAAUGGAACAGGGCCAUGCACAUACUCCAUAUCCGGUUCCAGAGAAUGUGAGGUUCCUCACCAGAUGAGUGCUCUGACCUUCUAUCGUUAUGAACAGCCCGUUCUGGAUUACUGCCAAGCCCAUCAGCCGAUGCGCCUCAACGUGAACUAUGAUUGCCCGCCUCAGGGCCUUGAUGAUCUGGCACCGCGUGACAGGGGCACCAUUCAGACCGUGGCUCUGCCAGCUGUUCCACCCUCCAGCUCACCUCCUACCCUGAGAACACCUGUACAAGGCCCCGGUGUCCCUUACCCGGGCACAGAGCGCUCCGUAAAGUACCCGUCCAUCGAGCGGCCCACUAGCACCCUCACCUUUGGACGCUAGCACUCUGGGAUGCUAAAGUGAAUUCUUUUGGAUGCUAAUGACUGUUUCAGGAGUUAGCGCCUUUGGAGAAGCUAACAUUUUCAGAAGGAAUUUCACUCCACGAACGGAUCUAACUUUAUGUGGCUGGAUUCUUCUUCUUGUGACCUUUUGUUUUCUGAAAAAAGAGAGAAGGAUCUAUAAAAGAGCCAACCAAGGACUCGCAACUCAGACGUUCAAUACACGCUCCAUGCCAGUGAGCUCUAUGUACAGGGAGAUGGGAUUUCAUUUGUGUUUUUCUGUUGUCCUUUUUUAUUCUUCUUUUCAACACAAACGCUGCUCUUCUGAGUCCCGUUCAAUGGAAAAUUGAAACUCAAUACAGCAUGCAUGGUGCGUUAAAUGGCACUUUAGUUGCUGUUCUGUGUCCUUUUCGUGCCAAACACGACGGGACGUUGCCUUUGAAAAGCUGAUAAUGGUGAUUCACUCACACUGUGUUGAGAAUGAAAAAGAAUGUGCAAUAAACAAGUUUCGUAGUGGGAGAAAAAGGGGGAACAGGUGCGUAGACAAAAUAGGGCCAACAUGUAAGAGAAUGAAUGAAACAAAUUAAUGUUUACCAGCGCUCGAAGACAUCUAGCUGUUAUUUUCAGUUAUAUUUCCAGACAGUGGUUAUACACGGUGUCAGGGAUUGAUCUUUGAAAAAGAUCGGGAAGUCCCGUUUGGACAGAAUCCUUUCAGAGAAGAAGAGGCUCUGCAGUCGGUGUUGAUACUGUCAUUAAGUUCCCAGUGCAGGUUUCAGUGCAGACCUCCUGAGACGUGCACGUGUACCAAAGAUCAAGUGUUCGUUUUGAUGUACAGUACACACAGCAUCAGUGCCCCUUGUGGUACCAAACCACCAAAUCUGUAAACUCGGACACAAAUUAAAGGCCAGAAAUCGGCACAGUCGUAACAGAUUCACCCUCAGUUGUAGCUCAGAUGUCAACCUUUGAAGUCCAAACAUUAACACAGAGAGAAAUGGCUUGUUUCAGUGCGCUGCAUCUAGCUAGUCAGCUGUGUGUAUGUGUGUUUCUCCCAACUCUGUUAGCAGGUAGGAGUUAUCUUCUAUUAAAACUGCCCUAAUUGUCUGCUGACCUUCAGUACAAUAAGACAAAACUCUCUACAGAGGUGAAAAAAGUCAAAUAAGUUUAGGAAAAAGGCGGCAAAUAAACUAGACUUGUGUGAUAUUGAUUGUUUUUUCCUGCUCACGAUUUACCGUUUUAAAAAAAUGAUAAUGGCAGGAGAACGAGAAUUCCACUAUUUAAAGUUUAAGGAGAGUACAGAAGGAUGUAAUAAUAUUACCAGAUGUGCAGUCAGGAACUGCUUGUUGGCAGUGGCAAUCGCUGUACUGUGAAAACUCAGCUGAACAGUGGAUUUUUAGGUGAUUCUGCAGUAAUGUACAGUUAAAUAGUACGAAAAAAAAAAGACAUUUUCAUUGGCUGUGUUUGAGAGCAAAAAAAAAAAACAGCAGCAUAUUGAAUCACUUUGUAAUUAUCAUUAUCACUAACAUUACAAGUGGAUUUUGGACUGCUUAAUCUUUUUUUUUUUUUUUUAACAUUUUAAAGUGCUUUUUUUUUUUUUUCUUUUUCAUUUUUGGGCAGUUUUUUUGGUGGCAUACCUAAAGUGAUGCCAAGCAAACUGAUGUUAGUUAACUAAUGUUAGAUAAAUCAAAUAUAUACAUGGAUAGAUUUUAUUAAUGAAUUUAUUAACAAUUCUCCAUUUACCGUUACAGAAAUGUGAAAAUGAGGACAUGUGAGAUGGGGGAAAGUGGGCGGGGCUUACAGGCAGGGUGAGUUACUAUUAGAGAGUGCGAAACACCUCUUUAACUGUCAGUCAUUCCAGAUUCAUAUAUCGAUUGGUACAUUUGCCAUUUUUAUUGGAAAGAAAAAGAAGAUGCGCUUUUGGUGUAUUUUUAAGUGAUAACUCGUGUAAAAAUUACUGGACAUCGGGGCAGUGUAGGAACAAAUAAAUCAUUAUAUCGCACAAGUCUACUGAGCAAUGUGGAUUUUCUUUUAACAGAGAUUAAAAAGCAUGUCAGUCGGUUCAGCAUCCACUGAGAAAAGAAAAAAAAAUGCUUGGUUUCGGAUUAGAACAAGGAUUACACAGUGUGUGAGGAUCCCAUUAGGUCCCAUUUGUUUAUAUGGAGGCCAAAUAAAUGGCUGCUUGCUGUGUGUUUAGCAUUAAUGGCAGAGAUUGAGUAACAUUCUGGACAAUUUAAGAUGUUUUAAUAGAUUUACAUGUUCACUAUUUCAAUGCUUUGCUAUCAGAGUGUCUCCUGAGUGCUGAGACAUUGAAUGUUUGCCACUAGAAGCCAUGUCUCCAUCUACAGGAAGUCAAUUCCCCAUUGGCGCAGUAUGGACCACUGGUGAUUUGCAUUCAUUUUUACUUGUAAAUGGACUCCAGAUCUAAGGAACAUUGGGAUUGUUGCCUGUAAACAUGGAUAUUUUUAUUUUUUGUCACCCCGUGUGCCUGUGUGUUUGGACUCAACACAAUGAAUGUGGAUCUUGUACCUCACCAUUGGUGUAUUUUCUGGAUUUUUUUUUUAAUCCUACUCUCCUGCACCACGCCAACUUCAUUCUCGCAUGUCGAGUUCAGAGGUCAGUUCAAAACCUGUCAGACUUUUAUUUGACCUCGACGUGCAAACUGAAUGGGAAGACGAUGAUUCAGCCUCGCUGUGAGAGACAUGGCACCCUCGAGGCGAUCAGUGACUCUGCACAAUGUUUGCAGACGCUAAUUAAUUAACACACAGGACGUGUUUAUCUUGUACAUAGAGAGGAAAAAGUAUCACAUCGUUUGCUUCUUGAUACACACACACAUGCACACACACACACGCACACACACACACGCACACACAGAUGGUGAACAGUAGGUGUUGCUCUGCAGAGACUGAUCUCAGAACAGCCGUGAGAGAAAUCUUCAGUAAUAUAUCCACAUUUUAAAGGUCGAUAUUUUUCUAUCUGCUCUCGUGACCUUUACAUCUCAUUGUGCUCAUUAGUUUUCAUAAUCCGUCCUUUUGCUCGCCGAACGCGUGGAGCUCGACAGUGUAAAGAUUUUACAGAACACUCCGGAAAAAUAAGGUCUUGUCAUUUUAACAAUGUUCCACAUGGUGUCCAUGCUCCCUGGUUUCAUUCUGCUGUGGUAUUUUCCUCCGACUCUCCCAGUCAACGUCGGUUCAAUCUCCUCUGCUGUGUUUUGCAAUUUUGAAAAGUCCUGGCAAUACACAAAAAAGAGAUAAAAAAAAAAAAACAAAAAGAAAAAAUAUCUACAUGUACAAUAAGAGUAGCUUGUGUUGUGUUCCAAAGCUUCAUGUAUGAAUAAUGAGCUGUUGAUUUGAUAUUAUUGUUAAUGCUGUGGAAGUUUUACCCACAAUGCUCCAGUAUCGCCCAUCAGGAAGAAAAAAGAAAAGGAAAAAAAAAGAGAAGCGCCCUGAACACACCCUGAGAAUAUUCUCGAGACGUCUCAGCAAUCACACACAGGCUGUACACACCAACCCAGAGUUUGGUACAUUCCUUUGUUCCGAUUAGUACUGUCCACCUGGAUGUGCAUUAUGGGAAAGCAAAGGGAAAAAAAAAAAAAAAGGAAAACUGUAUGGCUGUGUUCCAAAAACAACAAGGUAGAACUUAUUGGCCUGACAAGUGCUGCUCAAUAGCUGCUUCUCAUAUGGCAUACUUUGUGUUAAGUUCACAUAGAGAAACUCAGAGGGAUGUAGUGCACUAUUGUAUGUAGUGGAAGGGGCGGAGCCACCAGAUUUCAGGGCCAGAAUACCACUAAACCAGGGAUAUUCACCUAAAUAUGACUGAAUGAUAACAAUUACCUUUAAAGUGGUGAUUUGUUUUGCACUGGAGCUUCACGUUCUCACCACUUUUGACUGAUGAGACGUCUGUUUUGAACUUGACGUGGCAAAUAAACGCAUAGCCUUGUCUUUAAACAUUUUGUUUUGCUUUGUGUUUUUUUGUCAUUAGCUACGUUUACAUGGACACUAAUAAUCCGAUCGUAAUUGGACUAGAAGCACAAUCAGAUCUAAAAAGUCACAUGUAAACACGUCAAUCGGAAUGAAUUGGCCAAAACCGAUUAAAAUUUCAUUCGGAUCGUAAGGGGUGGUUUAAACCUUUUCUAAUCCGAUGGAGAGGACAUGUAAACACUUCACCGGGUUGAAAAUGAAACCAGAUAGUUCUGCGCAUGUGCAAUGAUGUACAAACACGUAAUGACGUAUGACACACGGCUGUCAGCGGUAUUGGGGCUCUGACCGUAGCCUCACCAGGUGCCAUGUUCCCCUCCGCCAUGGAGCAUAGUGUCAUAAAUGACUGUCGUGUCAUCCUACAAUUCUCCUUCCACUCCUCGUCUGUGAAGUGGUGCAAGACGACGUUGUCCCAUCGGUCCUUGCUUCGGACCCUGUGUGUCAGACGCCUUGUUCUGGGCUCGGGAAGGGGCAUUUUAACUGCUUGAUAAAUACACGCAGUACCGCACAAAACAUCACGCGCUCGUCGUCUUCUAAUUAGCAGCUGAAAUAGGCAAAUGUUAAGUCCGCUUUUUAAAAUGAAAAAAAGAAGCAAUGGCAAGAGAGCGGCUGCUAGUAUCUGCGUGUUGGAACAGCUGGAAACGUGUAUUCGUGCACUGUGCGCACGUCAGAAGAUUCUGUCAUGUAAACGCGCAUAUCAACCCGAUUACUUUAUUCAGCGUUCUUGUAAACACUGCGAUCGGAUUAAUCAAUCUGAUUGAUUUCAUUCCGAUUGAGACAAAAAAUGUCCAUGUAAACGUGACUAUUGUUUCUUUUGAACAAUGCAUGUCAUCAGACCAGAAAGGGUUAAUAAAAUAAUUAAAAAAACUAUAUUAAACUCUGUGAAAACUCUUUCCUUUCUCAAUGAGAUGCCUUCAGCUAAAUAAUUUACAUAAAUUCUACAUAAAUGUGAAGCCUCAGUGGUUCAUGUUUUAAAGAGUCACUAAACUACAGUUAGGUUUUUUUUUUUUGCUUGAAUACAUUCAGAGAACCAAUCCGGUCCAUGGUCUGCCAGUUGCUGACCACUUUGUAAAUUGGGCUAAAAACAUUUUAAGGCCAUUUUGAUUUAAAAUUGGCAGUUGUUCCAGCAUUCUGGCUUUGGCGAGUCUUAGUGCCAUGUCAUUUUCUAUUUCCAUUAAGUGCUAAAUUUUACCCUAGGAAAUGAGGCUCUACAUAUUCAGGUAUAUAUUAUAUAGUGCAAAGUAUGCCAUUAGAGACACAGCUAAUGACUAGGGAUCAGGAUGAAGAAUUUGUUGAAUAUUAUUACAUUUUGUGCCUCAGCAUACUUGAGAAGGAUAGGAGGAUAUGACAUCUGCAGGGGUUGUGCAAAGACGAAACUACAUUCAUGAGAUUACAAGGACACGGGAUAUCCAUUUGUGUCUUCAUAUUGUCUGAGGAAGCUAGUUGAACGCCGUUUCUGCUUGAAGUAUGCUGAGGCCUUUUGUCUUGAUUAUCUUUGUCACAUUGUGUUGGCAUGUUUUGUAAAAUAAGGCUCUUAUGGAGACAUUAUAUGGAGACAUUUCCCCACUCUUUCAGAAAUCCAAUCAAGCAUGAAGUAUAUGACUGGCCACAUCACAUUAGCUGUGUGUGUGUGUGUGUGUGUGUGUGUGUGUGUGUGUGUGAUUUGUUCUGCACCAGGGAAUAGAUGCUUUUCAACCCAUUUGUCCUUUGAUCAACUCAUUAGUGAACCAACGAUUGAACCUUUGAGCUGAUAGAAUGUGUCAUGAUGGGUAUUGUUUUUCAAUCAAGGACAAAGUGGAUAUGGAGGAGAGCUUCUUGCUUAAAUAGAUAUCAUGUCCAUUUAACCUAGAAUACGCAAACUGGACAAUGUAUUUCUUGUAUUUCUGAACUCUGUCCAUUGAAGCAUUGACUAUGAGGUUAAAAUGCUAAGGUCAGAUUUAAAUUUAAGGUAUUGACAUCUACAUUGGAUGAGGAUAUAAGUGUGGGAUUCUCAAAAUUUAUAAUACAUCUGCAUCCAGUAUUGGUCCAACACCAAUCAUUUUAUUUCUUUCUUGCUCAUUUGUAGGGAGACUCCAACAUUUCGGACACUAAAAAUAGCUCAAAAUUGACCAAAAUGACACUUUUGGUUUUUGAACAAAGGCACAAAAAUUAUUUUCCUUAUUUACAUGUUACCCUGCAUCAUCCAAGAACAUUUUCUCUAAAAGGUGUCCUGCCUGAAAGCUUGACAUCCUGGCUAAUAUCACUUUUUUUUUUUUUUUUUAUUUAUUAUCAGUGCAGUUUUGCGGAGUAUUGUCUCUAUUUAAAGGACAUGUUCUUUUAUUAACUGAUAUGUUUUAAUUAAGGAUACAUUAAUGAAUACUUAAUACAUUUACAUUUUAAAAAAUAUUAAAUUAUUUAUUAUUAAAAUGAAAUAAAGUAUUACAAUUUAUACUACAAUAGAAAAUAAGUUUUCUUUUUAAUAAUAAAAAAUCCAGCACUGUUUUUUUUUUUUCUCUAUUUUUAUUUCCAUUCUCAGCCAUGAAUUUUCAUUUCAGCACAUUAUGGAAACAUCACAUACAUUUCACAUGUGAUUAUAAGUUUCAUAUGUGUUUAUGAUCAUGUGUGAAAUAAAUAAAUAAAAUUGCAAAAUGUUAUGCCCUGCAAUUCCACACGAGAACUUCAUGGGUGAACAAUGUGAUCACAUUAAAUCCUAAUUUCAGAAAACACAUCUGAAAAAUAAAAUUGCUUGUGAAAAUAAAAGCGCAUGCAGUAGUAAGUAACUAGUCAUGCUAGUCCAACAAAAGUAGGCGUGGUCUCAAACUUUUUUAUUUUUUUUUAAAUUUCUAACAUUUAUUUUUUCAUUAAUAUCAAACUGUUUGGACAAUACUGAAUCACAUAGCCAAUGAAUUAGCUGUGUGCCACAUCAUAUUCAAUUUCUUUCUGCUUUUUACUGUGAAAAAAUUAUACUUUCAUUUUAUAUCAUCAUAUCAUCUUGGAUGAAGAAUUACAAAGCCCUAGUACUGGAUGAAGCAUGUAGGAAUCACAGUUCUUCUAUACACUCUCCUUAUUUCACUCGAUUCCUUUAUGGUUCACUGAGCAAAGAUGGAAAUGCCUUUGAAUUGAAACUGACAGCUAGCAAUUUAUCCUCAGAGUCAUUGGUUCAUUUCAAAUCCAAUGUGCUGGAAUACAGGGCCAAAACAACAAAAAUUGCAUCAGCACCCACUUACUUACACGCUGCAUCUCUGCGUGUGUGUACGAUAUUCAAACUUUAUCCUAAUUGAUGCAAGCACACUUGUUUAAUAUACAGUAUAUGUGAAAACUGACAAGGAAAAGUAAAUUUCAAUCCAUAGAUGUCACUUUACAUGCUGCUGUAUUUGCGUUUAUGUCAUCUCAAGCAGGAGCUGUUGCCAGGGAGAGCUGGCUGGUGAAUAUUUAUUUUACACUAAUGAUAUAUACGCCAUUUUUCAGCUGAGGUACAUGUUUUUUGGGACUCGUUGAUACCAUUACAGAUAUCAAUAUGUGACCUACUUAGUAUUAAUCAAUCAAAGAGAUCUAGUAACAUUUUAUUUAGCUCUGUUUAUGUUGGUUGCUGCUAGCAGUGAAUUCUUCAUGCUGAGCUUUAUGGUUAAAAUGUUAUGUUUAAACAGUAUCUUUAAUAUGGAGUGUGAUGACAACCGACCUGAGUGAGCAGAGCAGUAUCAAUGAGCAUGCUGCAAUUUGUCAUUACAUAAACUGCACCUCGAUUUGCGAGUAACGUGUAGACCCUGGCAGGCGCACAUGACUCAGUGCUCAGUGCUCGUGGAACUGAAGUGCUCUCACACGUGACACGUUGCUCUGCAUGCUUGCUUCACUCUUCCACACUCGUUUUGGGUUUGUUCUAUUUCCCUGCAGCUCCUUGUGGGAUAGGCUUAAUGGUGGACUAACGUGCAUUAGCCAUAUACUGACAUUCAAUUUUCAUAUCUUCAUAUAAUUGGCUAAGCAGUUAUCAUGGUUUACAGUAAUAUCACUAUUCUGCGUUAUAAAAUAUCGCAUUGCUAGUUAAUGCUUUACAUUAAAGUUCCCUUAACUAACAUCGUUUGUGAGGUAACCGGAUUUUUAAAACUUUAAUUGUGAAAGAGGUAUGUGCAAAACUGGUAGUAUUUUAGAAAGUAGAAAAUGUCAGAAUUUCACCAUGUCAAGGGUUUUCCCAGGCCGUCACAUACUCUCUGGUUUAAUUAACAUUUGUUAAUGUUAAAUUUAGCAUUAAAUAACCAGAAGAAAUGUUAAAAAAAAAAAAAACAAAUUGAGGUUUGUUUAAAUGUUAACUAAAUACACUGGCAUUGGCUAAUGUUUAUUCAAUCCAUUGCUACAAAUAAGUUGGGGUGAAUGAAAAAAAAAAAUUCAAUUACCGCAUGUCUAAAUAUCUAAAUGUUGAUAAAUUACUGAAUGCUGGUCUGAAGGUAUAAAUAUUAAAAUAUGUAUAAAUAUUAAAUUUGUUUUAGUCCUGAAUUUUGCAAAUUUCAAACUGCAAACGUUCAUUAAGCUGAAAAGUGUUGGCUUAAUUUUACUCAGUGAUGGUGUGAAAAUUGGUUCAUGCAGGUGUUGAUUUUUGGCUUAUUUGGUUUCUUGCUUAAAAAAAAAAAAAAAAAAAAAAAAUCAGUGUACCAUUUACAGUGUAUUAGUGCUGAGGUUUAUGGUUUGUUCAUGUUAACUAAAUGUCUUUUAAGGGAACCUUAAUGUAGCAAUGUGUUUUUUUUUUUUUGGUUGUUUUCCCCAUCUUGUCCAAUGAACACUAUAAUGGCAUUGCAAUUGAAAAGUAAUACACAUGAACAUGUAAUAUUUCUCCAAGACAGGAACGCAUUAGAAAACAGCUGCCUUCCAGUUGGAGUAGUGACACUAUAUAAACCUUGUAUACUGUGCAUGUGGUUUUGUGGGAUAUACGUAUCAUGUCUUACUCCUGAUGUUGACGUUCUAAGUAGUGGCUAAGUACAGAGCUUCAGAAGGAAUGGACAAAGCUAGAAAGGCCCAUUUGUGUUUGCUGACCGUCAGAAUACAGUGUUACGUGUCAGCAAACGCAGAAAUGCCUACACAUAUGUAUAAAAAAAGAAGGAAAUUAGCACUUUCUUAUCUGGGGCUUGCACAUGGCGGAGUGGUAUUAGAGGCAUGAUUAUGGUUUGAGGGAUGAAAAAUUGGCACCAGCAUGUUCAGCAGUAUUAACCGUGGUUUCUUUUUUCAUUUAAAUACGCAGAAUUUCCAGGCUUUUUGAUAAAAAAAACCAUUGGGCAAAUCAAUAUUGGGCAUUCCAGGGGGUGAUAGUAAUAUUUGGCUCAAGUGGUUCAAGUGUUCUUCCCAAUAUUAAACGACUAUAAGCUAUAAAUUAACUUUAGAUUGCAGCAGAAUGCAGUUACUUGCACAGCUUAAUGGUCCACUACGGUAAAUGUGCUGAAUUAUGUGCUUCAUGCUGACUGUGAGUAAUGGCUAUCUGUCCACCAUUUGCUGUAUAUAGCCAGGAGGCAAGAGUCACAUCAAGCCAUCCAAAACCUUUCAAGCCUUUUCUAAUAAACUGGUAUUUUUUUUCCCUUUUGCAUUACCCAAAGUGCACAUUUCACUGCUACAUGAAUACUGAUGUAUAUGAAACAGACAGUACAACGUUACUGUUUGAAGCAUUUCCCUGUGUGACGUCUAUAGAAGAACAAUAUACUUCAGAUUUUCUGUGUGAAAUUAUAAGCCCAUCUAUAAACAAAAGUCAGAGAUGCUGUCAUGUUGGUGAACAUCUACAUGAUGUGAUGAAUUUAACUGGAGCUCCAACUAAUGAUUCAUGCAAAUUUCAGAUCUCUGGUUCGAAUUAAUUUUUUCUCCACACAAUCAAGUUAAGGUAAGGGCAAAACAGGAUGAAAAGCAAUAUAGUUCCCCUUAUAGAUAUUGUUCUCUGCUGCGCUCAUUAAUCUCUGUGAAAAAUCGUUUUCCUGGUUUUGUCUGGUCUGAGGUUGAGGAGAUAUUUUUUUUCUGCAGGAUGUAAAUAUGCACUACAUCAUUUUCAAUUCUUCAACUUAGUUUGUUGUUGUUUUUGUCUUUUUUGUCUGUUAACAGAUCGGACACUUUUUUUUUCCUCCAAAUACAAAAUUCUGUCUCUUCUUUGAGUAUAUUAUUGUCAGAAAGAAAACGUUUUGUAAAAAUUUUGAUGAUGAAAUCGGAAAUAAAGUAAUUUAAAGAUCUAAUGUAUGAAAAGCUGUGUCUAGGUUUCAGCUUAUUUGGAACAAAACUUCACACAUUCAUGCAUGGCUAUGCAUUUA